GGUCACAGCAAGAAGCUCCGGAGCCAUAGCCCACCGGUGGGCUCACUAACAUCACAUCACCGCGGGACCAGGGCCGCUGGGCCAUAAAAUCUUAGGGAGCCAUGCCAAAACGGGACGUCGUGCUCACCAAUGUCACCAUUGUCCAGCUGCUCCGACAGCCAUGCCCCGUCACCAGACCACCACCACCGCCCCCACCGCCACCGCCCCCACCUGAACCCAAGGUUGAGCCAACGCCUGAACCUGAACCUGAACCUGAACCCGAACCCGAGCCCGAGCCCAUAGAGGAGGAAGCCCCGCCGCCACCACCACCACCACCACCACCUCCACCUCCUCCACCUGUUAAGCCGAAACUAAUUGUGGGCAUCAACGGAUUCGGACGCAUCGGCCGCCUGGUGCUGCGGGCCUGCUUGGAAAAGGGGGUGAAAGUAGUGGCCGUGAAUGACCCAUUUAUCAGUCCCGAGUACAUGGUAUACAUGUUUAAGUACGACUCCACCCACGGCCAAUACGCAGGAAAGGUAGAAUGCAAGGACGGCCAGCUGCUCGUGGACAACCAGGAGAUCAGUGUCUUCCAGUGCGACCAGCCCAAAGACAUCCCCUGGAGGUCCGUCGGGAGCCCCUACGUGGUGGAAUCCACAGGCGUGUUCCUGACCUUAGACAAAGCUUCGAAACACAUCGAGGCAGGCGCUCAACGUGUGAUCAUCAGCGCACCUUCACCCGAUGCGCCCAUGUUGGUCAUGGGGGUGAACGAGAAGGAAUAUAACCCUGGCUCCAUGAGGAUUGUCAGCAAUGCAUCCUGCACCACCAACUGCCUGGCCCCCCUAGCCAAGGUCAUCCAUGAGGAAUUUGGGAUCGUGGAAGGGCUGAUGACCACGGUCCAUUCCUACACUGCCACCCAGAAGACAGUGGAUGGGCCAUCGAAGAAGGCCUGGCGAGACGGGCGCGGAGCCCACCAGAACAUCAUCCCAGCCUCCACAGGGGCUGCCAAGGCGGUGGGAAAAGUCAUCCCCAAACUCCAAGGGAAGCUGACAGGAAUGGCCUUCCGGGUGCCAACCCCAAAUGUGUCUGUUGUGGACCUGACCUGCCGCCUGGCCCAGCCUACCCCGUUCUCAACCAUCAAGGAGGCUAUAAAAGCAGCAGCUAAGGGGCCCCUGGCUGGCAUCCUGGCCUACACAGAGGAUGAGGUGGUCUCCACGGACUUUCUCGGCGACCGCCACUCGUCCACCUUCGAUGCUAAGGCCAGCAUUGCGCUCAAUGACCACUUCGUAAAGCUCAUUUCCUGGUACGACAACGAGUAUGGCUACAGUCACCGGGUGGUCGAUCUCAUCACCUACAUGUUCAGCCGAGACAAAUGAAGCAGGCUGGCCCCUGCCGCCUCCACCUCCCAGCGCUCUCGGGCCCCAACCAGUACCUCCCGUUCCCGCACUCGGCUCCUCGGGGGGAAGGAGGGCGCGCAGGGUGAAAGGCCUGCGCCGCUGGCCAACAGCGAAAUAAAGAAUAAAA